AUGUCAGGCUUGAUCACAUUUAAUUCUGUUAACAAGCCACGGAGUUCUUUGGUACCGAUAUCCGUUGAUCAUGUUACUUCCAACAUAUCCAAUGAGCCAUCUUUAGACCCUCAGCCCAAACUAUCUUCUAAAGACCAGCCCGCCGUACCAUCACGAUGGCCUAUUUUCUAUAGCUGCUACUUGCUCCAAUCUUCCAAAUCUAUACGUUCUUUUUACAUUGGAUCGACUCCUGACCCAAUUAGACGACUGCGUCAACAUAAUGGUGUUCUUAAAUCUGGUGGUGCAUACCGCACUCGCUCCGACAAAAAACGUGUUUGGCGUGCUGUUGCCAUUGUUUGCGGGUUCCAAAGCAAAGUCGCAGCUUUACAAUUUGAACAUGCGUGGCAACACCCCGACAUCACCCGGCACAUAAACUCUGAUUCCAAUUUGUCGAGAAAUCAACUGCAGGACCCAGAGAGUGUCCAGAAGAAAAAGCCCAUAAAACCACGUACUCUGGCUGGCCAUCUCAAUGCUAUGAAAUCUCUCAUGCGAGCACCACUUUUUUCUCAUAUGCCUCUCGACCUGUACAUUUUAGAAAAAAGUAGUUCUGAAGCAUGGAAAAAGAUCACAAAUGAUACCAGGAAUAAUAAAAAGUAUAACGAAACAGACGACAAGUUUAAUGUCAUUUGGGAUUUUGACGAAUCCAAGUCUAUAACAGAUUAUGCAACAUGUGAUCCGGAACAUUUUGAUGAUAUGCGGCCUAUACGAGCCAAAAAGUCAGCAUCUAAAGGCCAGUCUGCUGAAGAAACCAUUUCUAACGAAAGCAAUCCAAUUAUUCUUGACGGAGAUGAGCUUGGAGAAGAAAGUGAGGGAGAUGAAAAUAGCUACGAUGGACUAAAACAAAUACCCAUUUUAGGUGGCCCAAAACGUUGCUUGUUAAAAAGAUUACGUUCAGAGCAUACCCGAGAGUCCCAGCUAGUUCACGAUGUGCUGCGCAAACUCAAUCUUGAAAAAAAAACACAGCUGGAGCAAGAAUUGGAGUUUGAAAUUUCAAAAGGUAAACAGACUAUUUUUAACGACGAGGAUUAUAAUAACGAUGACGAGGAUGGAUUUGGAUAUGGCCUAUACGGUAGUCAAGACUACAUUGUCGGUGCGCCCAAUCAUCAAAUCACCAGAGUUAACAACGAUAAUAAUUCCACUCGUAUGUGCCGUCUUUCUCUCAAACCUAUUCAUCUUUGCCAAGAUCUUAUGGCAGUAUGCACAGUGUGUGGCUCGACUAUACAUCUCACUGAAUUAGCAAAGUAUGCACUUAAAGUUGGACCCUAUGCAAAUGGAAAGCAGAGAGAAACAGGCUUAAUUCCAGUAUUACCAAGGACGUUCCUUUGUCCGUUUUGUAGUGACGAAAUGUAUUGGAGAGAUGUUUCUCGGCUGGCUUACCUUCUCCAACAACACUUUUUGACUGACCCUGAGAAUUAUGGCAAGAAAAACUAA